AUGGGAUCACGGGGAAAAGAGAAAUGGUGGGUGAUUCAUCCCUUUCGUGGUAUGGUCAACGAUAUUAGGAGGAGAGCACCGUUUUAUAUCAGCGAUUGGCGUGAUGCUUGGGAUUACCGAGUCAUCCCGGCCACGAUAUACAUGUAUUUUGCCAACAUCCUACCUGCUCUCGCCUUCUCCCUAGACAUGUUCUCCCGGAUCGAGAAUCAAUACGGCGUCAACGAGGUCCUGCUCGCAUCCGUCCUCGGCUCCGUCGUCUUCUCCCUUCUCGCCGCCCAGCCUCUCGUCAUCGUCGGCGUCACGGGUCCCAUCACGGUCUUUAACUAUACCGUAUACGACAUCAUAGCUCCCGCUGGGAUCGAUUAUAUCCGCUUCAUGGCUUGGAUAGGGAUAUGGUCCCUCGUCCUCCACUGGAUCCUGGCCGUGACCAACUCGUGCAACUGGCUCCGCUGGGUGACCCGCUUCCCGUGCGACAUCUUUGGCUGCUACGUCGCCCUGAUCUACCUGCAGAAGGGCGUCCAGGUGCUCGCCCGCCUGGGUGACGGCGAGUCCUUCUACCUGUCCACCAUGGUGAGCCUGCUCGUCCUCAUCUUCGGCUACGUCGCCGGCGUCGUCGGCGUCAGCUCCCUCUUCCGCCACUGGAUCCGCGUCUUCGUCAAGGAUUACGGCACCCCGCUCACCAUCGUCUUCUUCACCGGAUUCGUCCACAUCGGACGCAUGGCCGACGUCGACGUCGACGCCCUGCCAACCAGCGUCGCCUUCAUGCCCACCAGCCCUGAUCGCUCCUGGCUAGUCGACUUCUGGAAUCUGCCCGUCCGUGACGUCUUCAUGGCUCUGCCCUUUGCUAUACUCUUGACUAUACUCUUUUGGUUUGAUCACAAUGUCUCGUCCCUCAUCGCCCAGGGCAGCGAAUUCCCACUCCGCAAACCCGCCGGAUUCCACUGGGACCUAUUCCUCCUCGGCACGACCACCUUCGUGGCGGGGAUACUGGGCCUCCCCUUCCCCAACGGUCUGAUCCCCCAGGCUCCCUUCCACACCUCCAGCCUCUGCGUGACCCGUCCGGUCAAGGUCGUCGACGGCAACGGUCGCGAGACCGGCGCCUACCGCUCCGAGACGACCCACGUCGUCGAGCAGCGACUGUCCAACCUGGCCCAGGGCCUCCUCACCCUCGGCACCAUGACCGGCCCCCUCCUCUCGGUCCUGCACCUCAUCCCCCACGCCGUCCUGGCCGGCCUCUUCUUCGUCAUGGGCAUCCAGGCCCUCGAGGGCAACGGCGUGACCGCAAAGGUCGCCUUCCUCGUCCGGGACGCCCACCUCACCCCCGACUCCGAGCCCCUCCGCGCCGUGCGCCGCAGGUCCGCCGUCUGGCUCUUCGUCGCCAUCCAGCUGUUCGGCAUCGCCGCCACAUUCGCCAUCACCCAGACCAUCGCCGCCGUCGGCUUCCCCGUCUUCAUCAUCGCCCUCAUACCUAUCCGCGCCGUCGUCCUGCCGCGAUUCCUCCGUCAGGACGAGCUCGCCAUCCUGGACGGCCCUACCGCCUCGCCCUUCACCAUGGACGGUAUAGGUGGUGUCUGGGGGGCCGGUCCCGAGCAUCGCAGUACCGAACCCCCCGAUCCUGCGUCGCGCCAGGAUAAGCAGCAUACGCAGUAG